CAACAAAGAAAGGUAGAAAAGUCAGAGGGAGAGAGGAAAGAGUAAAAACAGGCAGGGAGGGAAAGCAGACAGAAAGGAAGAACAGAGUGAAAGAAAAAAAGGACAAGAAUGUCACAGAACACAGACUGAAUAUUGAGAAGAGAGUACGGUUUGACAGGGUCCAGCUGCAACAAUGUACAAUCACAGCCGAUACGGCAGCCCUCCAGUCUACAGCCCCCCAAAUGCUAAUCAUCACCAAAACAGCUAUGCUCCUGGAUCUCUUGCUUACCCCAUCCAAUCUCCUCAUCCCCAUUCAUUCUACCAGGAGGAUAUACCUCAACAAAAUUUCUACAAAUGGAAAUCACCACCCGGGAUAGUACAAAUCCUACAGGGAACUAUAGUUUUUCUCUGUGUGGCAAUCUUUGCCUGUGUGGCUUCCACUUUGGCUUGGGAAUAUAACUAUGGGGGGUUGGGUACUCUGGGAGGGAUGGGGGGCUAUUAUGGAGGUUAUGGAGGGUAUGGUUAUGGAAAUGGCUAUGGUUAUAACUAUGGGAUGACAAAUCCUCAAGCUGCAAGUGGCUUUAUGAUGGCCAUGGCUGUGUUGACUUUCAUUGCUAACCUUGGGCUAUUUAUAGCAAGUGUAUCCAAAACAAGUGGAUCCAGAUCACGAAAGUUCUUUAUGAUUAUACUAGUGCUAAGUGCUGUUCUAGCUAUAAUGGAGCUCAUUGCCACAAUAGUCUAUGUAGUUGGGGUUAAUCCACAGUCCCAGAUGGGUGGCAGCUACUAUAACAGUCAAAUGAUAAUGAUGUGUAACCAGAUUUACUCUCCUUCUGGAGUAGACUUUACAAAUCAGUAUCUUUAUCACUACUGCACGGUGGAUCCACAGGAGGCCAUUGCGAUUGUCUGUGGUUUUAUCAUAGUCAUUUUGCUGUGUGUUACAUCCUUCUUCGCUUCAAAGACAAGGCGCAAAAUCUGGCAGUAUGGACAACCAAACAUUAACUGGGAUAAACCUGUUACUGCUUUUCAGGAAGGGCCCAAUGUGGAGGAAUGGGUUAAGAAUGUUCCAGAUGGGCCCCCAGAUGACACGGCAACUCUAAUUUAUUCAGAGAAACCCCAAAGUCCAGUGAAGGCUUUGAGCAACAAUAGUAUCUACAAACCACCGGUAGAUACUUUUGAAGCAAGAGAAUCGCCACCAAUGAGCAGCUCUCUUGUGUCAGACAGUGAGCUCCAGGAGCAGAGCAGAAGCAGACCUCCAGUCCACAGGGGCAGAAGAAGGAGGCGUAACCCAGAGCUGGAUGAAUCUCAGUAUGAGACGGAUUAUACUACAGCUGUGGAAUCUGGUGAUGACAGAGAUCUUGGAGAGUGGGACAGUCUAUACCCUCCAAUUGAGUCAGACAGUCAACGCCAGGAGUAUAAAAAAGAGUUUGCCUCUGAUUUGCGUCAUUACAAAGUGAUGUGCGCGGAGAUGGAUGAUAUCAACAAUCAAUUGCAGCAACUCAGCAAACAGUUGGACGGACUUACAGAGGGUACCACACAGUACCAGGGGGUUGAUGACGAGUACAACAGACUGAAGGAUCUUAAAAGAACCCCUGAUUAUCAAACCAAGAAAAUGGAGACAAAACAACUUCGGAACAAGCUGUUUCACAUAAAAAGGAUGGUGAAUGACUAUGACAAGUCAAGGAGUUAGGAAAAGCAGAAAAACAGGCACCCACAAGAGGGCAGCAUGGCCUAUAUAUAUGCAUAUGAACUUUACUACGUGGAAUGCAUAUUUUAGUCAACUCAUCUUGAUGUGUGGGCUUCAUUCAUGCACAAAAUUAUAUUUUUUACAUACUAGUUAUGGAGGGCUUUGGUGAGUGAGAAUUAAAGUGUUUAUUAUAUGCAAUGCUGCAUAUACAGUAUCUCACCAAUGCCUGGUAAGUUAAUAAGUGCACCAUUCCUGGAGAUUAGGAAAGGUUUAUCAAGACAGGAAUGAAUUGAAAUAUGCUCAGUCCUAGUAAAGUAGCAACUAUCAUCACCUAUAGCAUUUCCUAAUCACAUAACCCUUUGAAGAUAUUGUAAGGGACAUUUUUAUGUUGUUAAACUACUUUCUGUCUCAUUAGUAGUAGCAAAUAAGUUUCCCAGACCUCAAAAUGCUAUCUGCUAUCUUUCCUGCCAGGCACCAAAAUUAGGAGAAGUUUCUUGAACAGCACCAAAAACACACAUGAAACUAAAGUUUAAUCAAAUGUUGGUUUUGCUGCUGAAUUUAUGGAUGUGAUCAGGCCUGAUUUACUUUAAUUAGAUGCUAAGGAAAUUCUUCAUAGUAAAGCUGACCAGGUCUUUUAACCAAUGGCCUAUAAAAAUAAAACAGUCCUGCUGAACUAAAGAUAUUGCCCAAUUUUUGCUCAACUGACUAUUUGAAGCAACGGGUCAGAUUUAUCAAGGGUCGAAUUUCGAGUUCACGGGAGUUUGUAAAAUUCAAAUUUUUCAAUUUGAAAAUUCAAAUUUUCACUUCGACCCCUGAUAAAUCUGCCCUUAGUUGUUCUAUCAAGCAGUACAAAACUGCAUCCAAAUGCAUGUUGCUACCAAGUAUUCCAUCUCUGACCAUUGUUACAUUAAGCUGGACGUUGAAGGGAUUAAUACAUUUUAAAGCACGUGGAUGUUUGAUCGGUUGCAGAAUGUAGAAACGCAAGGGGAACAAGCCAUUGAAAAAAGAACACCUAUUACCCAUGUGUUAUUUUUAUGUUGGUCCUUUAUAAAUGAAUGUAAUAAUAAGUGACUUUAUAACAGUUAUUCUGCGGGUAGAAAGGAAGGUGAGAAGUAGAAGAGGACUUGUGACUGGCAUUUUGUGACGGGGAUAGACUUUUGAAAAAAAUUGAAUAAAGCUAUAGGAAGCAAAACGUGAAAUACAGUUGAUAAUCAUUAAUUAUAUGAUCUGAUAUGAAAAUUCAUGGUUUACAUACUGUAUACAAGAUGUAAGUCAGUAACAGAUGGAGGGUAGAUCUAAACAAAUACUUUUAUAUCUAGCAUGCACAAUUCUGUGUUAACUGCCAACAUGAACUUAAAUUUUCCAUUAAAAGGUAAAAAGAUUGCCACAGCAGUAAAUCUCUGGCCUGCAGCCAUUCCCAGACUCUCCUAUUGGGGAAUAAAAGUUUGUUGGGAUCAGACUGAGCUGUACGGGUUCCCUUUUGCUAUAAUAAAGAACACUGAUUUUAAAAUAAAGACGGUGCUAAUAACCACUCUGCAUCAGCAAUAACAAAACUAAUGACCCGAGUGCAAGGCUGUCAAACUGAAGGCUUGUGACCUGGAUAUAGCUCUCCAUAGGAUUUUUAUCUCCCCAGUCUGCCCCACUUCUGCCAGUUAGUUUGCCCCUGCUGAAAAUGAUCGUGGAUGGGGUGAAGUUAGGGUUGCCACCUGGCUGGUAAAAAUGAUGCUUGAUGCCAAUGUUAUUAAUAGGAAGGCAACCCUAGUUCAAGUGUAGGCAGGCAACUGGGAGAAGGAGGGGAGCCAUUUUCUUCACAGAGGGCCCAGUUCUUCCAAGUUACCCCACUGGUUGCAACAGACAGCAGCUCUUGGGUCUAGCAGUAGUCUCCAAUAAAGGGGGGAAAGCAAUGAGGCAAAAGCAGAACCUGAUGUAAUUAAAAAGAGCCCUGUUAUAUGAUACCAUUUAUCGAUUUGCACUUACAUAUGAAAGAAAGUUGUUAUAAACUUAUUUGGUCUUUUGUUGUCAUGAACAUUCUAGGAAUAAAAGUUGAAGUUAUAAAGGUA